GCAAAUAAAAUGGCUGACUUUAACGGUCUUCUCAAUGGCGCUCCUUCUACAGAAGAACAAUUUAAACAGUUGAAUGAGCAUUUGGCUACUCGUGGUUAUCUCAAAGGGUUUCUGCCUUCGACUGAGGAUAGUUAUGUUUUUGGUGUUUUGAAGUCUUCUACUAUUUCUGCUCAAUAUCCUCACGUUGCUCGCUGGUUCAAGCAUAUGCAAAGCUUUUCUGAUGCGGAGCAGACUGCUUGGCCAAAAAGUGGUUCUGGCGGUUCUGGACCAGCACCGAAAGCAACGACGACAACUCCAAAGGAGGCGCCUAAGGAAGCACCUAAACCAGCAGCGGCGAAGAAAUUGACGGAGCAACGGCUGAAGGCUUAUGCUGAAAAGAAGGCUAAAAAGCCCGGAGUUAUUGCCAAAUCAAAUGUUAUUUAUGACGUUAAACCGUGGGACGAUACAAUUGACCUUAAAGAAAUGGAGAAAAAUGUUCGUUCAAUUGCGACAGAUGGACUUGUUUGGGGUGCUUCUAAAAUUGAACCUGUUGCGUUUGGAAUUAAUAAACUUCAGAUUUGUUGUUGUGUCGAAGACGAGAAAGUGUCAACAGACUGGCUUGAAGAGGAAAUUCGUGGAUUUGAAGAUUUGGUUCAAUCUGUUGAUGUUGUGGCUUUUAAUAAGGUUUAA